AUGCCCACACCCACGCAGCCAUUGCAAACAUCCAACUCACCACAGCUACGGUCUCCUGGAACGCCUACGCGCAAGGAGCGCGAUAGAGACGCUAUCAUAUCUGCAGCUUCACGCGGAUGGUCGAAUCGCAACCAGCCAUCAUCCAAAAUAGCGCUCAAGGCGCACUCAGUAAUGUCACCAGACGCGGAGUUUAGUCCGAACAGGCUAUUCAAACCAACUCAGCAGUCUCCAAAGUCAUCUCCUAAGUCUCCAACCGCUGCUGUCGCUGCUGCUGUAGCUGCAGGUGCAGGCGUACAAUCCACACAGCGGAGAACUUCAUCGAGUUUUUCACAUGUCAGAAACAACUCCCUCGUCCAGAAUUCCCCGUUUAAGCAACACACCAACGAUUUCCCUUCUCCACAGAUCGACUACACAUCAUCACCGGUGCCAGAAGAAUCUCCGGCGAUGGGAUUGGGACUCCAUCCAUCGAGAUCGCCUCACAGACACAUUCAAAGCCACCAUACGGUCCAAGAACGCACUUCAUCGCCUAAGCCUAGGAAAUCGAAGGGUUACAACCUCCUUCCUUCCGCUCAACGCGUCACUCAGUCACCAUGGAGGCACCACAGCUCCGCUGGCUCGGAAGCUGAUCACCCGGCACACCCAUCUUCUGCUUUUUCACCACCAACUCCAACCGUUGCGCAAACAAAGCCUCUGUCUGUUUCUAAGAAAGUAGAGGAGGAGGAGCAAGUAAAGCAAUAUGAUAAAUAUGAUCAAUUUGAUCAAUAUGAGCAGGAAAGACCACCUUCAGCUGGAAGCACCCUCUCCAGACGCAAGACAGUCACUUUCGAAGAAAACCCUGAUAUACACGAGUUCGAGCGUGAGCCUGAGCCUGAUUCCAUUGCGACGGGUGUAUUCAGCCCAGAGUAUGAUGAUAGGUUGGAUGAAUUCGACGGUAGCUACGAAUACGAUGACGGAGAGGAGUAUGAGGAAGUUGAGCAUGAUCUGGAGCAUGAUAUUGAUCUGUAUGACGCGCAGAAUGCUCGGGACGCUCUAGUCGGCGCUAGCUGGGAAGACACCCCUCCAAUGCCUCCACCGUCUAGCUCACUAGUCGAGCAGCAUACGCUAGGUAGAAACAGACAGAGUCAUACUCCCACUCAAGAUAGCGCCGAAAAUACACCCGAACUCGCUCAUGACUAUGCCCACGAAGGUAUCUUGGAGGAAUACUCCCACGAAUAUCCUCAUGAGUUUGGAAAUGAGGAGUUGGAAGUUGAUACAAGCUAUCAGGCCGCCUAUCCUGAAGAGUCCCCUAGUCUCUACGACGAAGAAGAUGAAAGUGGGCACUUUGCAGAGAAUGAAAAUGAUGAUAGCGGGCACUACGAUGAGAACUCGUCAGUGAUCGACCACUCGUUCGACCAAGGCGAGCAUCCUUAUGAAGACGCAGACGAGAGCCACGAUCAGGAACGCACCCAGAUGGAAGACCUGGUUGACUCUAUUUUGAAAGAUGAGCUGCUAAGAGAUAGUGAUCGUAGAAAGUCUAUUGAGGAGCUCAGGUACUCUAAAACUAGUCCAUUAAGAACUUCGACGAACAAGCGUCAAUCAACACCUACCAAGGAUACCACGCCUAACAAAAUGCGUCAGCUGGGUAUCGGUAGACCACAGUCUAUGCCAUCUCCUAACUUGUCCGAAUUGGCUUCUCAUGAAAUGGUUAAGGAUGAGCCAAUGAUUAGCCAUAUUAAAGAGGAAGAGGAUGCGCUGCCUGAGUCUGAAUCAGAGCAGCUACAACAGUCUGAGCUAGAGCACUCGCAGGAGUACGACUUAGAGCAAUCUCAAGAGUACGAAGUUGAACAGUCGCAAGAGUUCGAAAUCGAGCGGUCGUUAGAAUCUGAAAUUAAACAUCCACGUCAGUCUAAACCAGAGCCAGCGCAAGAGUUCCAAGUUGAACAGCUACAAGAGUCUAAGCCAAAGACAAUACAACAAUUUGAACCAGAACAAUUGCAAGAUUAUGAGCAUCAGCCACGGCAAGAACCUGAAAUUGAGCAACCGGAGGAGCAUAAACCUGAGCUGCUGCAAGAACCUGAAGUUGCUGAAAUGGAGCCAGAUCAGUCAAGUGAUGAUGACUUAAAGGAUCGUUCAGUCUUGCCAGAGUUACCACACUCAUCACCUCUUUGGGCACUCUCUCCUCCAUCUGAAGAAGUUGCAAAGAUGCCAAAAGUACCUCAAAUCGAACAUGAACAUGAGCGAGCUCACCCGUUGCCUCAACAAUCAGAGCAUUCAGACGACACACCGAACAUCAAUAGCCUGAUCUCACCACUCCUUUCACCUCGCUUCGACGCCGCGGGCAAUCCAAUCUCACCAAAUGCAGCUGGAAGUAUCAAUAGACGCCGCAACCUCAGGGAGGCUGUUCAAGAGAAAAUGAGAAAAAAGAGAGAAACUGAGGAGGCAAACGCUGCAUUGCUGGCUCAGCGUGAGCGUGAACGUGAGCAUGAAAAGGAGAACGUUCAAGAUGUUUUGACACCCGAAAUUCGAGCACCAGAUGCACACGAUUCUCAACCUCCAUCUCCAAUCAAGGCUGCUAUUGCUGCAGUUGCACCAUCCCCAAUGAAGCAUAACAGACAGUCGUUUGAGGAGGCCGUGGCAUUUCCAAGCGCUCCUGAAACAGCAGCACCAUCAGAGGCAGACCAAGAGACGGAACAUGCACCACCUCAACCUCAGCCUCAUAUUCAAGCUCAACCCCAACCCCAACUCAAGGCUGAGCUGCAACCACCAACUCAAGAUGAGGAAGCAACAAGAGACUUGGAAUCUUUCGCACCUUUUGUCUCUCCAAAUCUUGAUGCAAUUCCCCCACAGAGACAGCAAUCGAUGCGUGGUAACGCCAGUUUGAAAGAUCGUGAAAAUGCCAUUCUGCUAUCACGGAAGAAAUCUCGCGCAGAUAGAGGAGAGCGUCCAUCGAGGCGGCGAAGCGUGUCGGCAGAUGCAGUCGAGUCACCAAGGAAGAAAGCGAUAUUUAGACCAUCUAGUGGGUUGCCGACACCGGGAGCACUCAAUGAGGGAGACUUUGGUGAUGAUCUUGACAGAGAAAUGAGAGAGAUAUUCAAGGACUCGGACAGAAAAUACAAAAUGUUCGAACAUAACGAGGUUAUCAGAGCUUCAUCGCAAGAAGAGACAGUGCAAAAGCCCAAGAUUAGUCACCACGCAAAGGCAGGUGAUAUUGACACUGGUAAAGCAUGGAAGGUAAUUAGGCGUCCGUCUGAUAUGAAUGAGUACUCUCGACACCUGAAAGAGGUACGCAAUAAGGAGCCUCUCAGUGAAGCUACAGGCAAGGUGUUUGUCAAGGUUGCUGGAUUGCGUGAUGUUGAACUCCCGAUACCUGUUGGCAAACAAACAUUUUUCUGCUGUACACUAGACAACGGUAUCAAUCACGUCGCAACUCCAUACACUACUCUGAGGAAAGAGGCCCCACUGGGACAAGAGUUUGAUUUGAUAUUGAACAAGAAUCUCUUUUUCACGCUAUCAUUCAAGUGCCGCAUGGACGAACACCUUCAACCACCACGCCCACAGCCUCGCUUCAGGCCUGCCAUGGCCACUCCAACACAGCCGCCGACGCCGUCGAAGAGCAGAUCUGGUUUCAGGUCAAUAUUCAGCUCACCUAAGAAGGAGAAGAGGAAAGCGCAAGAACAGCAGGAGCAACUCGAAAGGCAAAUUGAGCAAUCUAAAUUUGAAGAGCUUGAUGCCGUCGAACCUACCGAGCCCAUGCUUAACUUUUUGCAGAAAGAUGGCACUUUCGGUAGUACGAGAGUCAUCUACAAUGAAGUCGCACCUAGGUGUCAAGGCAGAAUGGUCGAGCUCAUUCUUCCACUGGAAGGUAAAUUCACCAAGAAUGACGGCAGCGUGACCAAAUGCAUUGUCGGUAAACUGGUUUUACAUGUGCUUGGAAUACCGACUCUGCCGGGUGUUGUUCAGAAGGAUUUGCCUUCGUCUUUGGAGCACACUGUCAAGACUAUGAAAGAAAUGCAGUGGCAUAAGAAGAAAAUAUGCCAAUCAGUUCUCACUCAGCUCGGUGGAGGUGUCACUUCUUGGAGGCGUCGGAUGUAUAGCUUAGUCGGUGGACGAAUUAUAGUGUUCAACGAAGUGACAAAGCGUGCUAUCGCCACUAUAGACUUAGCAACGGCGAAAGCAGUCUUAGAUUGCAACAACGCGUCAGCUGAGGCGGUCGAGAAUGGAUGGGUGGAUGAGGGAGAUGCUAGCGUCGAGAGAUCAUUUAUGCUCGUACUGCAAGACCAGAGUGGUGAAGAGAAGCUACACUUCUUCAGUGACACAGAUGAGGAUAAAGAGGUGUGGGUGAAGGAGUUGAGGGGUAUUAUAGGACGCAUACCACCUAAGCCACUAUGGGCGCAGGCUUUGGAAGAGCGCCAAUCGCCGCCGCCAUCUCAACUACCACAACGUACAACGUCAAACGUAGUGAACCUUGUUACGUCACCAAACCAACACCAACCGCGCCAGUCGCUUUCGCCAAUAAAGGCAUCACCUAUGCCAUCUGCGCACGCGUUGCACACAUCAAGCCGCAAACCACCUCCAGCUCCUUCAACUGGCAAGGGCAUGGCACAGCCUGGUCUCAUGGCUAGUAUAGCAUCUAGGCAAGACAGCUUGCCGACACCAACCAAAAACAAGAACGGUCCAAACAGUGUCCAGUCAUCUACUAAAGGUUUAAAUCAAUCCACUUACGACAAGAAAAGCUUCAGAGGUAGCAUAUUUUCUAGUCUCGGAAGCAGAUCUGCAACACCAUCUCGCUCAUUCACACCCGACACGAGCUUGAGGUCGACCACCAAAUCAUUCUUUGGAUUCAAGUGA